GGAAAUGUGGAAUUCUGAUUUAUUUCACUGCAAAGCUUUCCACUUACUGAUAAGAGUAAAGUAAACAGUUUGAUAUCAAUGAUAAUACGACAUGCUAAUUCACGUUAACAACUUGUUUAAAAAAAUACUAGCCAUGUGUUAAUUCAUGCUAGAAACAUGCUUAGUAACACUGAAAACGUAAAAGUACACUCACCGGCCACUUUAUUAGGUACACCUGUCCAACUGCUCGUUAACGCAAUUUCUAAUCAGCCAAAUAAAAGGCAGCUACUCAAUGCAUUAUGGUUAAGACGAUCUGAUGCAGUUCAAAUUGAGAAUAGAGAAGAAAGGGGAUUUAAGUGACUUUGAACAUGACAUGGUUGUUAGUGCCAGGCGGGCUGGUCUGAGAAUUUCAGAAACUGCUGAUCUACUGGGAUUUUCACGCACAACCAUCUCUAGGGUUUACAGAGAAUGGUCUGAAAAAGAGAAAAUAUCCAGUGAGCGGCAGUUCUGUGGGCACAAAUGCCUUGUUGAUGCCAGAGGUCAGUGGAGAAUGGCCAGACUGGUUGGGGCUGAUAGAAAGGCAAGAGUAACUCAAAUAACCACUUGUUACAACUGAGGUAUGCAGAAGAGGCUAACUGGGGCUACAAUUCACACAGCCUCACCACAAUUGGACAAUAGAAGAUUGGAAACAUGUUGCCUGGUCUGAUGAGUCUCGAUUUCUGCUGCGGCAUUCGGAUGGUAGGGUCAGAAUUUGGCAUCAACAACAUGAAAGCAUGGAUCCAUCCUGCCUUGUAUCAACGGUUCAGGCUGCUGGUGGUGGUGUAAUGGUGUGGGGGAUAUUUUCUUGACACUUUGGGCUCAUUAGUACCAAUUGAGCAUCGUGUCAACACCACAGCCUACCUGAGUAUUGUUGUUGACCAUGUCCAUCCCUUUAUGACCACGGUGUACACAUCUUCUGAUGGCUACUUCCAGCAGGAGAACGCACGAUGUCAUAAAGCGUGAAUCAUCUCAGACUGGUUUCUUGAACAUGACAAUGAGUUCACUGUACUCAAAUGGCCUCCACUGUCACCAGAGCUCAAUCCAACAGAGCACCUUUGGGAUGUGGUGGAACGGGAGAUUCACAUCAUGAAUGCAGCCGACAAAUCUGCAGCAACUGCGUGAUGCUAUCAUGUCAAUAUAGACCAAAAUCUCUGAGGAAUAUUUCCAGUAGCUUGUUAAAUCUAUGCCACAGAGGAUUAAGGCAGUUCUGAAGGCAGAAGGGGAUCCAACCCGGUACUAGUAAGGUGGACCUAAUAAAGUGAACGUAGGAGAGUAGGUGUUGCUGAUGGUUAUGGCUGCUGGUUGUUCACAGAGAUGGAAAGAGGAGUUCACUGUUCACAAACUCCACUUUUUCACCUUAAAACCAGAGCUUCUGCUUCAGCCACGAUGGGAUAUUCCUCCAGUGUUGUGGCUUGUAUACAGAUGUUUUAUGCUGGUCUACACCCUCAGCUGGUUUAUCUACACGGCUCUUCUCUUCAACACUCCUAAAUUCUUCAUUUUUCUCAGCCAUAUCGCCUACUCUCUGAUGGUGAUCUACUAUCUGCUUGCUUUCUGUAAUCUGGCCUGGGCUUUCUUGGAGAUCAGAUGCUGCUCUCACAGAAAGAAAAGAGCAGGUGUCGGUACUGAGCGUGAGGCUCUGCUUUCUCUCUCCUACCCUCUCUACACUGUUCUCAAUCUCCAGUGGCUCCUUCAUUCAGUGAUGGGCUGCUUUUCAUUAUCCGUCUCUUUUCUAUACUGGACAAUAAUUCACCCCUCGAGUCAGCACUCGCUCACAGCCUUCAACAUCAACAUCCACUUCAUCAACAGCGUGCAGACGGCUGUAGAUCUGCUUCUGUCCUUUACACCCGUACACCUCACACACUUCAUCUACCCAGUUCUGGCUGCAAUCCUUUAUAUCAUAUUUGCUGUUGUGUAUUGGCUGAUGGGUGGCACUAACCGAUCCGGUCAACCCUACAUAUACAGCAUUCUUGAUUUCGGUGGUCGCCCCCUAGUGGCAACACUCAGCAUUCUGGGAGUUUGUCUGGUUUGUUUACCCUUCUGUCAGUUUUUGCUGUGGAAGCUGCAGUUGUUGAGGGAGUGGAUGGCGGAUCGUGAGAAACUGAGGAGGAAGGCUGUGAAGAGAGAUGUUUGGUGGUGUGUGAAAGUGUCUGGAGGAACAAACUCAGAGCUUGUGGCGUCACUGGAUCCGUCCGUUGUUUGGAGAGAUGGAGAGAUCUGAUGGAGGAGCAGCAGUCCCAAUCUCUCACACUCGUUUGAAGGAGUUUUCGGUCAGUCUGAAUCUAAUUUUAGCUACAUUAUGGUGGAAAAAUUGUAUGAAAAAUGUUCUUCGCAGUAGGGCUGCACAAUAAAUCAUUUCAGCAUAGAUAUCGCAA